UCGCCUGCGGGCCCACAAAGACGACCAUGGUCUCCAAGUCCGACCAACUGCUCAUCGUUGUAUCCAUCCUCGAAGGUCGUCAUUUUCCUAAACGUCCAAAGCAUAUGCUUGUAGUAGAAGCAAAGUUUGAUGGAGAGCAAUUGGCUACUGACCCUGUGGACCAUUCUGACCAGCCAGAAUUUGCUACUGAGUUAGCUUGGGAAAUCGACAGAAAAGCACUUCAUCAGCACAGAUUACAGCGUACUCCUAUCAAACUUCAGUGUUUUGCCUUGGAUCCUUUAUCUUCAAUCAAGGAAACCGUAGGUUAUAUUGUUCUUGACUUAAGAACUGCUCAAGAAACAAAACAGGCACCAAAAUGGUACCAGUUACUGAGUAAUAAGUACAGCAAGUUCAAGUCUGAAAUACAGAUAAAUAUUUCUUUGGAAACAGACACAAAGGCUCCAGCUGAUAGUUUUAAAGCAAAGGAAGCACCUCCUCGAGCUGGAAGAGUACCUGCUGGCCUGUUUGGAUUUGACCCCAAGGACAUUGUGGCUGUGCUGAAUGAGGAAGGAGGCUUCCAUCAGAUUGGACCAGAGGAGUAUUGUACUGAGUCUUUCAUUAUGUCAGUGACCAUAGCAUUUGCCACCCAAUUGGAGCAGUUAAUUCCAUGUACCAUGAAACUUCCAGAAAGACAACCUGAGUUUUUCUUUUACUAUUCUUUACUGGGAAAUGAUGUCACAAAUGAACCCUUCAAUGAUUUGAUGAACCCAAACUUUGAGCCUGAAAGAGCAUCUGUUCGUAUACGCAGCAGCAUAGAAAUCCUUCGUAUUUAUCUGACUAUUCAGUCCAAGCUACAGAUCCAUCUCUGUUGUGGAGACCAGUCACUUGGAAGCACAGAGGUACCAUUAACUGGCUUACUCAAAAAGGGAAGUACCGAAAUCAACCACCGCCCGGUCACUGUGGAGGGCGCUUUUACCCUUGACCCCCCAAACAGAGCCAAACAAAAGCUUGCACCUAUUCCUGUGGAGCUAGCCCCAACUGUGGGAGUGUCUGUGGCUCUGCAGAGGGAAGGCAUAGACGACACCCAGUCUUUAAUUGAAUUAAAGACCCAGAAUGAACAUGAGCCAGAACAUUUAAAGAGGAGAGUUUUAACUCCCAUAAAGGAGAUGACAUCUUCUGUGCCAGAAUCACCAAGUUUGUCCCCUGCUCCACCUCACAACCAGUCACCUCCAACAAAAGAUGAUGCAACAGAAAGUGAAGUGGAAAGCUUGCAGUAUGAUAAAGACCCAAAACCAAAUUCAAAGGCCAUGAAUUCUGUACCUGCUUUGGUCCAACCAGUCACUGCAUCCAAUGCUUCAGAAGGCACUUCAGGACAGAAGAUUGCUGUUCCAGCUACAUCACAUCACUUCUGCUUUUCAAUAGAUUUAAGAAGUGUCCAUGGCUUGGAAGUUAGUUUUCCAAUCAACUGUAUAUUAAGGUACUCAUACCCAUUCUUUGGAAGUGCAGCUCCUAUUAUGACUAAUCCUCCUAUAGAAGUUCGGAAAAACAUGGAAGUGUUUCUACCUCAGUCUUACUGUGCAUUUGAUUUUGCAACUAUGCCUCAUCAGCUGCAAGAUACUUUCUUAAGGAUUCCAUUGCUGGUUGAAUUAUGGCACAAGGAUAAAAUGAGUAAAGAUUUACUUCUUGGAAUUGCAAGAAUCCAGCUCUCCAACGUUUUAUCUUCAGAAAAAACUCGCUUUUUAGGUGCUGAUGGUGAACAGUGCUGGCGUCAAACUUUCAGUGAAAGUGUGCCUGUUAUAGCAGCACAAGGGUCAAAUAACAGAAUAGCAGAUCUUUCUUAUACAGUAACUCUAGAAGAUUAUGGAUUAGUGAAAAUGCGUGAAAUUUUUGUCUCUGAGUCAUCUCAGGGUUUACCUGCUGUAGCACAGAAGCCAUCUUCUCUUCCACCAGCACCUUGUCCUUCAGAAGUCCAGACAGAGCCUCGCGAAACUUUAGAAUACAAAGCAGCACUUGAGCUAGAAAUGUGGAAAGAAAUGCAAGAGGACAUUUUUGAAAAUCAGUUAAAGCAGAAGGAACUGGCUCAUAUGCAAGCUCUUGCAGAGGAAUGGAAGAAAAGAGACCGAGAGAGAGAAUCACUAGUGAAGAAAAAGGUGGCUGAAUAUACUAUUUUAGAAGGAAAACUUCAAAAAACCCUAAUAGACUUAGAGAAGAGAGAGCAGCAACUUGUCAGUGCAGAAUCAGAGCUUCAAAGAGAGAAAAGGGAGCUAAAGUCAGAACGUGAACGGAACCUCCAAGAACUUCAGGACUCUAUCCGCAGGGCUAAAGAAGACUGUGCUCACCAAAUAGAACUGGAAAGGUUGAAAAUCAAGCAGCUAGAAGAGGAUAAACACCGACUUCAACAGAAGCUUAAUGAAGCCGAAAAUAAGUUUAAGAACUUGGAAAAAGAGUUCCAGCAUUUCAAGGAUCAACAGAGCAAUAAACCAGAAAUACGUCUACAGUCUGAAAUAAAUCUUCUCACCUUGGAAAAGGUUGAACUUGAAAGAAAGUUGGAAUCUGCGACUAAGUCCAAACUACAUUAUAAGCAGCAGUGGGGACGAGCUUUGAAAGAGCUUGCCAGACUUAAACAGCGUGAGCAAGAAAGUCAAAUGGCUCGUCUUAAAAAACAGCAAGAAGAAUUAGAACAAAUGAGACUACGUUACCUGGCUGCUGAGGAAAAAGAUACAGUAAAAUCUGAGCGCCAAGAAUUGUUGGAUAUAAGAAAUGAACUGAACAGGUUAAGGCAACAAGACCAAAAACAGUAUCAGGAUUCCAGAGAGAUUGCAAGUGGAAAAAUGGAUAGCCCGCAUGGCAAGGCAUUGGAAGAAGGAUUGGAUGAUUAUUUGACUCGUCUAAUAGAGGAAAGGGAUACUUUGAUGAGAACGGGUGUGUAUAAUCAUGAAGAUCGAAUAAUAAGUGAACUUGACCGACAAAUCAGAGAAGUUUUAGCAAAAAAUAUUGCCAGUAAUGAAUAACAUUUGGAAAAUCUUCACAGAGACUCCAGGUCUUAAUUUUAACUUCAUUUUAAGACCCUAAAAAGAGGUAUAAAAUGGAUUUUUAAUACUAUUUUCAAUUUUUUGAAAGCAAAAUUUUUGUAUGUUGUAUAGUAUUUAUUUUCUUUUUUGCUUUAUGCUACACUCCUUAUGCUGCUUUUAUUGCAGCUAUUCUUUUUUUAUAGACUCAUUUUAAAUGAUUCUCCAGUCUUGCUCAUCAUUUAUAAUUUGAUGUUAGCUUUCACAGCAUCUUUUCACUAACUUUGUUUUAAGAAUAAUGACUGGAGUAAUUUCCAGUCUACAGUUUUUCAUGUUGAACCAAAAAAAUUCGCUGUUGGCACUUUAACAAUGCUGUGUCCUAUUCCAUUUGAAUGUCUUAAUACUUGAACCAAUUUUAAAUGUAACCAGUUUUACUUAACUCAGAAGAUCUUUUUUUUUCCUUUAACUUGUAAAAUUUUGAAAGUGACAAAUUUGCAAACAGAAAGCAGAAUCAAGACAGAGAAGCCAUAUGGCCUAUUGGAUGACAAAUUGUUUAUUUAAAUAAAAUUAAUACAGAUUAAACAUGUUUCAAGAGCUAUUGAACUUUCGAAUUUUAAGU